AAGCAAAGAACCUAUUCUUCCUUCCUCUAUACAAUCUGCCAUGGCUUUCUCUCUCCUCCCCCAAUCCCUAAUCCUAACCCUAAAUUUCUCCAAUGGACGCCACCCUCCUCCACGGCGACCUCGACCUUUGGAUCCUCAAAGCCCGCGACCUCCCCAACAUGGACCUCUUCAACGAGCACCUCCGCCGCUGCUUCGCCUGCUGCGGCGUCUCCUCCUUCACCGCCGCCCCCAGAUCCACCGAGGCCCAGUCCAAAGCCCUCCACAAGCCCAAGCCCAUCACAAGCGACCCCUACGUCACCCUCUCCGUCGCCGGCGCCGGCGCCACCGUCGCCGGCACCAUCGUCGUCCCCAACGACCAGAACCCCGAGUGGAACCAGCAUUUCCUCAUCCCCCUCGCCCACUGCGCGUCUCACCUCGAAUUCCAAGUCAAAGACGAUGACUUUCUUGGUACCCAGCUCAUCGGCACGGUGAUAAUCCCAGUUCACUGGAUCGCCACCGGAGAGCUGAUUGAAGGUUGGUUCCCGAUCAUGGGCCGAUCGGGGAAACCCCCGAAGCCCGGGUCGGCCCUUCUCUUCAAAAUGCAAUUUUUCCCUUUGGAAAGAGUUGCCAAGAAGUUGGGGGUCGAUAGGGCUUAUUUUGGUGAGAGGAGUAGAGGACAGGUGACAUUGUACCAAGAUGCGCAUGUGAGAGAUGGGGAGCUGAAGGAGAUUGAGUUGGAGAAUGGGAGAGCAUUUAGGCAGGAGAAGUGCUGGGAGGACAUUUGCCAUGCGAUUCUUGAUGCGCAUAAGCUUAUCUACAUCGUGGGGUGGUCGAUUUAUGAUAAGGUGAGGCUGGUGAGGGAGCAUACGAGGGAGCUGCCGAAUGCUGGGGAUAUGACUUUGGGCGGGUUGCUCAAGUACAAGUCGCAGGAGGGGGUGAGGGUGCUGCUGAUGGUUUGGGAUGAUAAGACUUCACAUGAUCAUCUUCUUCUUAGAACAGGAGGUGUGAUGCAAACUCACGAUGAAGAAACCCGAAAGUUUUUCAAACAUUCGUCUGUCAUAUGUGUGAUGUCACCCCGUUAUGCAAGCAGUGAGCUUAGUAUGGUUAAGCAACAGGUUGUGGGGACUCUCUAUACCCACCAUCAGAAAUGUUUGCUAGUUGACACACCAGCUUCUGGAAAUAAUCGGAAGAUUACUGCUUUCAUAGGAGGGCUUGACCUUUGUGAUGGACGCUAUGAUACACCAGAGCAUAGACUUUUCGCUGAUCUUGACACUGUAUUUUUAUAUGAUUUUCACAACCCUACAUUUCCUAAAGAAGAAAAAAAGGGCCCAAGACAACCAUGGCAUGAUUUACACUGCAAAAUUGAAGGGCCUGCUGCAUAUGACGUCCUUACAAAUUUUGAGCAGCGCUGGCGCAAGGCAACACAUUUUUGGGUUUUUAGUCGUUUCAAGAGAUCAUCACAUUGGAGAGACGAUGCACUACUAAAACUGGACCGCAUCUCAUGGAUACUUGAUCCAUCAUCUAUUGUUGAUGACCCAAGCCUACCUAGAGAAGAUGACCCAGAAAACUGGCAUGUACAGAUUUUUAGGUCCAUCGACUCCGGUUCUGUAAGAGGGUUUCCGAAACAUAUACGUGACGCUGAAGAGCAGAACCUUAUUUUCAGAAAGAAUCUAGUAAUUGACAAGAGCAUCCAUACUGCAUAUGUAAACGCCAUCAGAUCAGCAGAGCACUUCAUAUAUAUUGAAAAUCAGUAUUUUAUUGGUUCUUCUUAUGGUUGGCUGUCUUACACAAGUCCAGAAGCAGAUAAUCUGAUUCCGAUGGAAUUGGCAUUAAAAGUUGCAAGCAAAAUUAAAGCUAGAGAGCAUUUUGCAGUAUACAUAAUCAUACCGAUGUGGCCUGAGGGUUUACCGAAUUCUGGUGCUGUCCAAGAAAUCCUUUUCUGGCAGAGCCGAACAAUGCAGAUGAUGUAUAAAAUAAUCGGGGAUGAGCUUAAAUCUAUGAACCUUGAGGAGGCACAUCCACAAGAUUAUCUAAGUUUCUAUUGCCUUGGAAAUCGGGAAGUACCUACUGGGUUGGGAAGUCAACCUUCGGAUGUGUUUCAGAUUUCGUCUCAAAAAUAUAGGCGCUUCAUGGUAUAUGUUCAUGCCAAAGGAAUGAUAGUAGAUGAUGAGUAUGUUAUACUGGGCUCUGCUAAUAUCAACCAAAGAUCCAUGGAUGGUUCAAGAGACACUGAAAUAGCUAUGGGUGCAUACCAGCCUCAUCAAACUUGGGCUAUGAAACAAAGCCAUCCACGUGGCCAGGUGUAUGGAUACAGGAUGUCCCUAUGGCAGGAACAUCUAGGAUUUCUCGACGAACUCUUCAAUGAGCCCCACAAUCCGAAUUGUGUCAAACUUGUGAACAAAAUAGCCCAAGAUAACUGGACAAGGUACAGUACUGAGCAAAUAGUACCAUUGAGAGGUCACCUUCUCAAGUAUCCAAUUAAGGUAGAAGAAAAUGGUGAUAUUGGACCGUUGCCUGGUUCUGAGUUCUUCCCUGAUGUUGGUGGCAAGGUUUUGGGUGAGGCCAAACCUAUUCCGGAUAACUUAACUAUGUAGAAAAUCAUCAAAUACAUUUGUUCUCUCAUUCCUUAUCGGUGUGUAAAUUGCAGAUGAGCAAUUUCCAAGAGUAUACUGUUAGAUACAUUGUAUACACUCCCUGUACUAAGUGGAUUAUCCACUUAUCACCUCCAAGCUUUUUAUUUGCACAUAAGCUUUCUGA